CAAUAUUGUCGCCUCGCCUUCACUUAUACCAUCGUUACAGCCACCAUCGUUAUUGGGUCACCGUCAACAUGGUUUCGGCUUCUAAACGACCGAUUCCAGAGCCACAGGAGAUGGUAGCAAUAUCGCUGAUAGACAUCAGGAAGGAGUUACAGUGCCCUAUAUGCCUUGGCAUCAUCAGGCGGACGCGCACAGUCAUGGAGUGCUUGCACCGAUUCUGUGGAGACUGCAUCGACAAGGCCAUCAGGCUCGGCAACAACGAGUGCCCCUCGUGCCGCGCUCACUGCGCCAGCCGAAGGUCCCUGAGGGCUGACCCGCGCUUCGAUGCACUGGUGGCUGCUGUGUUUCCCAACCGAGACAGGAUCGAGAAGGAGGAGAUGACGCUGCAUACAGAGGAGGCCAGGCGCAACGAAGAGAUCCAGCGGCGCAUGAAGGAGAUCUCUCGCCGCCAAGCACAGGCCUUCUCCUCCCGCCGUCGCCCCCCCUCCUCCACCUCCCUUCCCUCCCUUGCUGCUGCUGACAAUGGUGCUGAUGCUGGUGCUGCUGCUACUGGCGACGGUGCUGCUGGCAGUGCUGCUACCAGUAGUGGUGACGGUAGGUAUACCACCACCACUGCUGCUGCUGCUGCUGCAGAUGGUGGUGGUGGUCUUAGCACUGCAUCCAAGGCAAUGAUACGGCCAGUCAAGGCAAAGUUGAGAGGGAGAGGUGGGAGUCUAGAUGUUUCUGGAAGUAGAGAUGUUGUAAAGGAGAGGAGUGCGGUGAGGGAGAAAGUGAGGGUGGUGGGGAGAUAUGGAGAUGAGGAGGAGGAGGAUGAGGAGGACGAGGAGGAGGAAGAGGAGGAGGAAGAGGAGGAAGAGAAGGAUGGGGAGGAGGAGGAAGGGGAUGAGGAGGAGGAAGAAGAGGAAGAGGAGGGAGGAGUGAAACACGAGGAUGGGUUAGUGAAAGGGGAGGAGGAGAGUGAGGAGGAAGAAGAGGAAAGCAUGGGAGAAGAGCGGGAGCGAGGGAAGCAAGAGCAGGAGACGGAGGAGGAGGAGGAGAGUGGGGAGGAGGAGGAGGAUGAGGAGGACGAGGAAGAGGAGGGCGAGGAGGAGGUGGAGGAGGAGGAUAUACAGGUGGAAGAGGUGGUGGUGGUUGCAACAGCAGCUCGGGGGAAGCAGAGGCGAUCGGCAAAAGCGGGAGAGCAAAGAGGGCAGAAGAGGAGGCUGAGAGAUGAAGGGGAGAUGAGCGAAAAGGGAGAGGAGUACAACAGCAACAACAACAACAACAACAACAACAACAACAGAGGUGGUGGAAGUGAGAUUGAAAGGAAGGAACCGCAGCGGGGUGAGGCAGGGGCUGAUAGGAAGAAGCAGCAGCAGGGACACCAGAGGCCCAAAAAAACAGAGUCGUCAUUUGUAGCUAAGAGAAGCAAGCUAUCAGGCGCGGGUGGUGUGCAUGCAGCUGCAGCUACGCAACCAGCAGCAGCAGCAGCAGCAGCAGCAGCAGCGAUCAAUCUUCGCAUGCGGCUGCCAACAGCAGCUGAGCUGGCAUCAGCAGUCCACGAGGCACCCACACUGCCACCUGGCACCCAGGGCGAUGCAGCAUCUCCAGCGGCGGCAAGAGCAGCAGUGGCAGCAGGAGGAGCAAGAAUAGCGUUCAGGGGAGCAGCAGGAGGAACAGCUGGGGCGUCACGACUAAGAGCAGAAGGGGCAUCACAUUUGGCAGGCAGAGCGGAUUCUGGAGGCAGAGCGGAGGCAGGAGCAGGAGAAGGAGUAAUAGCAGGUGCGGGGUUUGGGGUAGGCCCAGGAAGAGGGGUGAGGGAAGAGGCUGGGGCCACAUGCCCAGCCAGGAAGAUCCGCUGCCCACGCGCUGCUGUUCUGGCACGCGCACUGGCAGAGGAGAGUUCAAGUUCUGGUGGUGAUGGUGCUGUUCUGGCACGCGCACGGGCAGAGGCGAGUUCGAGCUCUGAAGCAUGUCACAGCCGUGAUGGUGCUGCUCUGGCUCCUGCUCUGGCACAAGGUGGAGGUGGGGCUGGUGAGGGGAGUGCCCUUGAAAGAGCGCUGAGGUUUCUGCAUGGUGGACGGGGUGUUUUUUCUGAGUCGUAUCAUGGACCGCUGAUUCGACAUGGAGGCAGGGGCAUGCCGGGGGACGAUAGAGGCGUGCAGCCACAAGAGAGGAGGUUUCAGCAAGGGCCAGAGCAGGAGCAAGGACAGGAGGAGAAGCAGCAGCGGCAUAAUGGGCACCAGGAGCAGAACCAGGGGGGACAGGAGGAGAAGCAGGGGGAGCAGGAGCAGCGGUACUCUGACCUGGUGCAUCUGCAGCUGGUGAUGAAGGAACAUGGAGGAACAGGGGAUGCCAGAAGCCUAUUUGUUUGCUGUUCUCCUGAGCUCUCAGUCUCCGAACUCAUUCAAAGGGCCAUGGUCGAGCCACAAUAAUAUGUAUUGGUUUUUCAUAUGGUACAUUGGUAUGAUACAGGGCGAUAGUAAGUUGCUACUUCUCUGGCUGUUUUUGGCGUGAGGGAGAGAACGCUGUAGAAAUUCUCGUUCUCCACUUCAACGACAGCUCAAAACUCCCCGAAUUGGAAAAAAAGCGGGCUCUGCACUGCCUUCCGUGUCAAGACCAGCCAAUUCUUUCUGAGGUUACUUAUCUCAUCGUCGGCAUCAUGACUGCCAAUUCCGCCACUUUCAGCUCCUCAGCUUCGUCACUUCCGACAUCAUGGGAUCAAGACUCUUCAAACUCUAUGGGAGGCCAGCUAGAAGCGUGGUUUCUGGACCCUGUCUGGUCGGACGAAGCGCCUGACAUGACGGUCACCGUAGGCACGAACGCGCUCUGCCAGCUAGACGGCACCGCGACCGUCGCGUUUCCUCCGGACGCCGUAUUCAGCCUCGUGUGUGACCCGUAUAAUCACCGCGUGUUCAAGAACGUCAAAGCGGUGCGGAACCACCGCGUGGUGCGUGAUUGUAACGGGGUCAAGGAAGUCGAGAUGGACAUGGCGUUUUCGUUUCAGCUGCCGUUCUUUACUGGCACGUUCGACGCGCACAUGCGCAUGGUGCAGGACAGAUCCAAUCGCACGAUGACCUUCGCCCUGACUCGGCCAGGAUUCAUGCGGAAAUUCGAAGGAUUCUGGAAAGUGGAGCCUCUGCUCGUCCCUGAAUCGGAAUCGUCUGCUACAUCGUUAUCCUCACCAAAACUUUCCAGCUUACGCCGCUGUGAAUCUGAUGAGUCUAGCAACGGCAGAAGUACCAGCAGCGACGGAAAAAGCGAGUCACUGACAUUGGACUCGAAAUGCGACUCACUUCACAGCAGCUGCUCCUAUUCUGACGAAUCUGACGAAUCGUCAGACGUGAAGAAGGACAUGGACGAUUUCAGUA